UGCUCAGCAUGGUCCUCGGUGCCGAGUCAGCAUUCAGAAAACAUUAGUCAGCAAGUAUUGUGUGCAAAGGCCAGGAGGUGGGCAAGGGCUUCAGAGCAGCAGAGCGUGCAACUGAGGGACAGACAGAGCGGGCGCUGUCCUUCAAGGCAUGCCGCCUGCCUUGUUCUGUCCUGGCUGCUGUAAGGCGAGUCUCAGGGAGCACGGAGGAAGAUGUGCUGACCCUCCAAAGUGUGGUCCCAGGGUUUCUCAUCAGGGCAAUGAGCUUGGUCUGUUUGACAGGAGUUACUCCACCGUGUUCAAGGGACAGGGACGCUGUGGGUUCAGACACAGUCUUUUGAAGUAGGAACUUUACCCUGCAAAACAGAAGGGUGCUUUUUCUUCUUCUUCUUUUGUGGUUUCACACAGCAAAUGAGUGACAGCCUCUACUUAUAGACAGAGUGAGGCGUCAGGCACCGAGGAGGGAGUGUGGCCCGUAUUUCUGGUCCCCACCUCCGUCGCCCCUUUCAUUUUACUCUUAUCGUGCUUUCCAGAAAGUUUGCCUACUGGGAGAAUCUGUCUGACACUUUCCCAUGUGUUGUCAGAGGGCUUCAUGGAAUUCAGUUUCCGAGAAGCGGCCAGAAGCAUGCAGUGACAUUGCAUAAUUCACUUCUGAGGCCGGAGAUAGUAGCCGGAGCGCUCCAAGGAGCUGGCUCACAUCGCCAACAUGAAGGGAACGAGCCUCCUGGAUGGCGUGCCCAAGACGCUCCUGGCCAGGGCACUUUAUGACAACCAUCCUGAUUGCUUUGAUGAGCUGGCUUUCUGCAGAGGAGACAUCCUGACUAUUCUAGAGAAGAACGUGCCGGAAAGCGAGGGCUGGUGGAAGUGCCUGCUCCACGGGAGACAGGGCCUGGCCCCUGCAAACCGCCUCCAAGUCCUCUCGGAGGCCCCCACAGAUAACCCCUGCCUCCCAUUCCUCAGAGGCCCAGGAGCUCUCGCCAGCACAGAGGAGACGUAUCAGGUGCCCGCCCCACUCCACUCUCCACCCUCGGGCCCCGUGUAUGAGCAGAUGAAGAGCUGGGUGGAGGGGCCCCCGCCACCCGUGGCCCAAGUCUACGAGUUUCCUGACCUGCCUAUGCCUGCCAGGAUCGUCUGUGAAAAGACUCUCACUAUUCCCAGACAGGCUCUCGUCACACUUUCCAGACCCGCACGGACCUCGCUGCCAACCCUGCCUUCCCAGGUGUAUGAUAUGCCGGCCCAGAGCCGCGUCCCCGCAGCCCUUCAGGAGCCAGAGAAGCAGCAGUUAUACGACGUGCCAGCCAGCUCCCAGAAGGCAGGGCUGCAUCCCGCCGCCAGCCAAGCAAGCGGGCAGAACCUCCCCCCAGCACCGACAUUCGCCCUAAGAAAAGGCAACUGCAACACGCUACCAAAUCCUCAGAAAUCAGAAUGGAUCUACGACACCCCAGUGUCUCUGAGGAAGGCUCACGUCGGAAAUCCCUCUCCAAGUGACUCAGCGGAAGGAUCAGGACCCCAUGCUGUCCCCAGUCCUGUCUCCACUUUCCACAGUCCCCCAAAGAGCAGAGCAGGGUCCCUCACCCCUCAGCUCUAUCACAGUGUGCCCAUGAAGAAAAAAUUCAGUCUUCCGGAAAUCCCUUCUGGUGACUGUCCAGCACCGAGGGAUACAUUCCCUUUGGCUCAAGGUGUCAGCUACAAGGUCCCUUCAAGCUUUCUGAUUCCCCGAGUGGAACAGCAGAACACCACACCCAACAUUUAUGACAUCCCUAAAGCAAGGAUGAGUAUCCCUCAGGCAGAGAAGGAGCUGGAAAAAGUCAGUGUGGCUGCAGAGAAUUGCAAGGGCCCAAAUCCCUCCUGGUUCUCCAGACGGAUGACGCCCCUCUCUCCUGAACCAGACAGGUUGUCGGUUUCCAGCUCUGACAGCCGGGCUAGUGUGCUUUCCUCGUGCUCGUCCACGUCCACUGACUCCUCCUCCAGCUCCUCUCCAGAAGAGUCAGCAAGGGAGUUCUCCGUGGACUUGGACGUAGACUUGGCCAAAGAGACGGUCAUGGCCCUGCAGGACGAGGUGGCCAGUGCCACGGCAAGCCUGAUGCUCUUUGUCAGCAGGAAGUGGAGGUUCCGAGACUAUCUGGAGGCCAACAUUGACUCAAUCCACCGGGCUGCCAACCAACUAGAAGACUCAUUAAGAAAAUUCCUGGAUUUUGCCAGAGGAGUCUGUGAGUCUGCCUGUCACCUCACCAACAGUAACCUUCAGGCCAGAAUCAGGGACCAGCUUCAGACCAUCGCUAACUCCUACCAGAUCCUGCUGGAGACAAAGGCAAGUCUGGAUGGCUGCAAUUGGUCCCUGGAGGUUCUUGUGACCGACAAAGUCCAAAACAACCUGGAUGACCUUGAGCGGUUUGUCAUGGUGGCCCGGAUGGUUCCAGAAGACAUCAAGAGGUUUGCAUCCAUGGUCAUUGCUAAUGGAAGGCUCCUCUUUAAGCAGAACUGUGAAAAGCAAGAGACCACACACUUCAUCCCAAAGGCAGAACUGAAGUGUGAGAAGUAUAUCCAGCUGCCCCGGAGAGAAACCGAACUGCACCAACGGAGUGGUCCUUUUAAUAGGCCGGGGGAAAAUGGACACUCCCCUGAACUAUCAAAGAAACACAGGACAAGUGUCUGUGGGCAGAAGUUGCCUAACCUAAAAGGGAAAGAAAAACCCAACUUGGAGCAAAGGUUAGAGGAAAACAAAGACUUGGACGUGACGAACGCUCUCUCUCUAAAAGCCCAACCCCGGAGCCCACAGAACCCCGAGAAGAAAACCCACCUUUCGGAACACUGCCGGCUCUAUUUUGGGGCGCUCUUCAAAGCCCUCGGGGUAUUUAACAGCAGCCUCAGUAACAGCCAGCCCCCCGAGACCUUCAUCACACAGAGCAAGCUGGUCAUCACGGUGGGGCAGAAGCUGGUGGACGCGCUGUGCAAGGAGACCCAGGAGCGGGACGUGCGUAACGAGAUCCUCCGCAGCAGCAGCGGGCUGUGCGGCCUGCUCAAGGCCCUGGCGCUGGCCACCAAGGACGCGGUGCUCCAGUACCCCAGCCCUGCGGCUCUGGGGCGCCUCCAGGCCCAGGCUGGGAAGCUGGAACAGCACGCACGACAGUUCAGGGCGAUGCUGGAGUGAGGCCUUCCUCCACACCCACAAUCUCUGCAACUCCGCCGUCCGCCGUCCGCAGGGAAGGGUCACCGGGCUACACCAGUGCUGACAUGCAUCCCCAGUGGCUCAGCAGCCCUGGACCUUGACUUACCCCACAGGGGAUCAGGGCAGAGUUGGACGUUAAGGCCGUGGAGACAUUCGGCCUGUCAUGUGGGGUGUGCAGGGUCAGCGUUUGAAGUGAUGCUGCAGAAAUCAUUUUUUGUAUUUGUUACAUGUGUGCAUGUUUUCAAUUUAUUCAUUCAACACUUAUUUAUUGGGCACCUACUAUAUGCCAAGUCCUGGGUGCCAGAGCCAUAGGGUGUACGAGAGGCCCUGCCCUCACAGAGUUUCCCAGCUGGAGGGCGGCAGGGGAAAGGAUGGAGAAAUACACAUGCGACGUGUCAGGUGCUAGACGGGGAGGGGCGGGGCUUACGUUCAGGUUUCCUGGGAUCCACUAGGAAGUGUAGAAAAUUAUUUUCAUUUUGAGUUGAAUUAGUUCUGUGAGAUUGAUACAAAUGAUAUAUCUGUGUCUUAUGCCAAAUUUUUUUUUUUGCUGUUAUCUUAACCUAGUUAAAGACCCACGUUGUGACAUAACAGGUCUGUCGAGUCCCUAUUAACUCAUUUUGUACAGCAUGGGCUCUGCAGGGUAAAUUCCAUGCUCAAUCAGCAAAGGUUCGUAUUUCAACAGUCUCAAAUCUAUUACAAUGUAUACUGUUAUUUAAAUACACUCAUGAAAUAAACAUUAUUUGC